CUCCAUCUUGUAAGCGAAGGGCAUUGAAUGGUUUUUGGAGGGCUGUGCGAGCAGGCGGUAGAGGCAAGUAGUAGUGCUCUUUUGGACGCAAUUAGCAGUGAUGGCAGGAGAAGAAGCUGCAGAACACCAGUUCACUGGAAUAAAGAAAUACUUCAAUUCCUACACCUUAGUAGGGAGGAGAAAUUGUGUGAUAGCCACUUAUACAAGUAUUGCACUGAUGAUCUUGUACUUUAAACUGAGACCUAAGAAACAAACUCCAGCUGUGAAAGAGACAUAAGGGUUGCUGACAUGUUGAUAUUGAACUUUGCCUGUUUAAUUGCUGCAGCUUAUAGAAGCUGAUGUGUACUUCAAUAAAUCAUGGACUGUAAA